GCAACACCUCAAAACAGAACUCUCAUCAUUUCACUCUCACUCUUUCUUAUCUCUCUCUCUUUCCUUCUUCAUAUAUAAAUGUUUGGAUUCUUUGGUUGUUAGACAAUAGACAUCAUCUUCAGUUGUCACAAAAACAAAAACUGUUCCUACUUCAACUCAUUCUUCACUCUUUCUCUACUGAUUCAUUGUUUCUGCGUCAAUGAUGUGGCGCUACUUCUCCAAAUUCAUUCAUUCUCCUAUUGGAUUCAACCCUUCAAACUCCUUACCGCAGGUGAAUUGUGAGAUGGGGUCUUACUUUGCUGCCAGAAAUUGUAAUCUUCAAGGUUUAUUGAAUGGAAGCUUGCAUGAGUAUUCCACAGGGACUUUUGCAGCAUCUAGUGCUUCAUUGUCUGAAGAUCAGCCAAAAGAUAGUUCUGUUUCUGAUAUGUUAGUGGAUUCAUUUGGAAGGCUUCACACUUACUUGAGAAUAUCUUUAACCGAGAGGUGCAAUUUAAGGUGUCAGUAUUGUAUGCCAGCAGAAGGUGUGGAACUCACUCCUACCCCUCAGAUUUUAACAAAGGCCGAGAUUCUGCGGUUGGCGGAUCUGUUUGUAAGCUCUGGUGUGAAUAAAAUACGUUUGACGGGUGGCGAGCCGACUGUCAGAAAGGAUAUUGAGGACAUAUGUUUGGAAUUGUCAAACUUGAAGGGACUUAAGACAUUGUCCAUGACUACAAAUGGUAUUGUUCUGGCAAGAAAACUUCCAAAGCUUAAAGAAUGUGGUCUUACUUCUUUGAACAUUAGUUUGGACACUCUGGUGCCAGCAAAGUUUGAGUUAAUGACGAGGCGCAAAGGGCAUGAAAAAGUAAUGGAUUCGAUUAAUGCUGCGAUAGAUCUUGGAUAUAAUCCGGUUAAGGUCAAUUGUGUUGUAAUGCGUGGAUUCAAUGAUGAUGAAAUCUGUGACUUUGUUGAGUUGACUCGUGAAAAGCCAAUUAAUAUUCGGUUUAUAGAGUUCAUGCCUUUUGAUGGAAAUGUUUGGAACGUCAAGAAGCUUGUACCCUACGCAGAAAUGUUGGAUACAGUGGUGAAACAGUUUCCAAGCUUAAAAAGACUGCAGGAUCACCCAACAGAGACUGCAAAGAAUUAUACAAUAGAUGGGCAUGCCGGUAGAGUUUCAUUUAUCACAUCAAUGACUGAGCAUUUUUGUGCUGGUUGCAAUAGAUUGCGACUACUAGCUGAUGGAAACUUUAAAGUCUGUUUAUUUGGUCCUUCAGAGGUUAGCUUAAGAGAUCCCUUGCGACAAGGUGCAGAGGAUCAUGAGCUUAGGGAGAUAAUCGGGGCAGCGGUGAAGAGGAAGAAACGUUCACAUGCUGGUAUGUUUGACAUAGCAAAGACAGCAAAUAGGCCUAUGAUACAUAUUGGUGGAUAAGGUAUUAUGUACUGUUAAAAAUUGCUUAUACACCAGGAGGCCAGAGCACCCCCAGUCAGAAGCAGUAUUGGUUGAGAUCUUCAUUGAUGAUCAAUCUCACUCCAUGUAACUUAUAGCUCAUGUUUUGCCAAAUGUUUGUGUCUACAUUUAGUAAAUAUCAAAGGGUCGAAUGACAAAGGUGUUUAUUGAGGGCUGUUAGUGAAUAAUGCAAAUUUUGAUUUUGGGAUCAGAUGUUAAUCCUAUCCAUUGGUUGUCUGUUACAUUGUGUACCAGCCAAGUGGGCCAAGCUUAACAUUUUACCAUGGCUAUUGUAUUUGUAUCUUUGAUGGCAAAACCUAUCCAAAUGGAAUUUUGAGAAGGAAGAAAGAAUUAUAUUC